AGAUGUGCGGUACUUGAACACAUCCGGCAAUACUCACCCUCGUGUUCUUCGCAUGUCUCGCAGCUGCAUGGGGGCCACGAAUGGAACGCGCGCAAAGGUCCAGGAUGGCUACUAUUAGUUUGGUCUACCCUUCUUACUUCUAACCCGUAUCUUACCAUUCGGAAGCUUUGACUCUCUUUCAUUUCUUUUGACACCGUUGAACGAUGGCUUACAUCAAAGCCCAUUACCACCCUUUCCUUUUCAUUCUCAUCACUAUGUGUGCUAUGGCUGAGCUGGGCCUCACUGCCUACCUUAUUAGCGUUGGAAACGAGAGUCGUAAUUGGCCUAGCGCUCGUUAUCAUUCACUCUUAAUACUCUUCGAGUUCAACGCCGUGUGGACCACAUUAUUCGGGGCAGCUUAUAUGCUGUGGAUUGUUGAUGGUGCUGUGCACCUUCUUGCCAGCAUAGCAAGUUCCAUCGUUUGGCUUGCUAUCACUUCGGCACUUUGGGGCGCCGCAGCUGGCAUGAUGCACAACACGCGGAGUGGGGGCGAUUGUAAUUGGAUAGCCAAUAGCUCCGCGUCCGUUAACGGGGUCUUGCCAUGCGAUGCACCACAGGAGCUAAGUGUGUCCAGCUGUCGAGAAACGCUAACAGUCGAAGCAGUCGGCUGGGUACUGUUCGGACUUUGCGUCCUCACGCUCUUUGCGACAUGCAUGUGGGUACGAACGAGCAAGCGAGGAUAUAACUCAAGCUUUUAUGUCUAAGAAAUUGCUUAUAAAACAGGGACUGGACUUUGGAAGUAGUGUGCGAUGUGGUUUUAAUUGAAUCUACUUACGUCCGUGCGUCUAGUUCAUCGAGUCAAUCUAAGCGAUUACGAUUACGUAUGGCAGUGUCAAAUUACGGCCCGGGUGUAUAGUUGGCCGAACCACAGUCCCGGUUCUUU